CUUUGUGGUAGUGGCCCACCCUACACGCCCCUCAUUUAGACUACCUACAGUACUUUCUUGAGAGCUCGAGAGCGUUUUGGAACAACGUUAUUGGAAUCCCACCCGUCAGUCACGCUUAAUUGUACCCGCCCUAGAACCACCGCUAGCUUGGCGUGGAGGAGAUCGCUCCGCCGCAUCUCGUCAAGACAAAACAAAAGUCCAUCCAUCCCACCUCAAGUCUUUCCCACCACCACCGUUCACCUCCUAGUCCUACAACAUCACCGGCAAAAUGAAGCUUCUCUACCCAACCUCGCUCAAGCUCGACGUAGCUAGUCUCGAGGGCUUCAGCGUCUCGCUGCACCCCUAUGACGUCAAGGCCUUGAUCCCCGAGGAUCUGAUCGACGCCGAGGUGCUCGUGACAUGGACCAACAGCGCCGAGAACCUGAAGGACGCCGCCCAACGCAUGAAGAAUCUGCGCUGGAUCCAGUCUCUCGCCGCGGGGCCCAACGAUGUGCUAUCCGCCGGCUUCCCGUCCAACGUGACAGUGACGACAGGGUCGGGCUGCCACGACCGCACCGUCGCCGAGCACACCCUCGGCCUACUUCUAGUCGCCGCCCGCCGCUUCGACGAGAUGCGCGACUAUCAAGCACAAGGGAAAUGGGCCGGCCACCUCGGCGGUCCCCAGCCUGACCGUCCUAAGGACCGCUUCACGACCCUGCGCGACGCCAACGUGCUCAUCUGGGGCUACGGCAACAUCGCCAAGACGCUCGCGCCGCACCUCGCGGCCUGGGGCGCCACAGUCCGCGGCGUAGCACGAUCAGCCGGUGUCCGCGACGGCGUCCAAGUCUUCGCCGAGGACUCUCUGCCCGAGCUCCUCCCGCAGACCGACGCCCUCGUCAUGAUCCUCCCCGGCUCCGAGAGCACCAAGAACGCGCUGAACGCCGAGCGCAUGAAGCUCCUGCCCAAGCACGCCUGGGUCGUCAACGUGGGACGUGGCACCUCGAUCGACGAGGACGCGCUGGCCGACGCGCUGCAAACGGGCGAGAUCGGCGGCGCCGCGCUCGACGUCUUCGUCAAGGAACCCCUCCCCGCCGAGUCGAGGCUGUACAAGGCGCCCAACUGCAUCGUCAGCCCCCAUGCCGCCGGUGGUAGACCGCAGGACGCGGAGGCGCUGAUCGCGUAUAAUUUGAGACGGCUCUUGGCUGGCCAGGAGCUGAAGAAUGUGAUUUAGGGAGAACCGGAAGCGCGUCAUGCAUUGUAUGAUUAUAGACGAGAUUGGAACUUUCUACGUUUCAUGAAUGGAGUUUUGGCGAUUCACGAUUUAUGUUUGACAUGUUGCAUCCCAUACUUUCCUGAUUCUCAGUUAACUAGUUCUUGAUUGAUUCGGUAUCUGUAUAAACGAAGUAACUACCUAGACGUUGAUCCA